AGUUGUAGUACAAGUAGAAAAAGUAAGUAGAUUUUAGUACAUCAACACAAGAAGAACAUCAAGGCCAAUAGUAAAAUAAGAAAUUUUUGCUUUAUCGUGUUCUUGUUGCUCUUGCUUCGUCUUUGAUUCGAACGUGCUGGGCGUAUCUCCUACGGCAGUCGCUUCUACGUAUCCUCGAAGCCGCGGACUCGGUGUAGGUACAGCGAGCUCAGGCUCACUAUUUUUGAAUGAAGAUGCUGCAUAUUCUUGGAUUUUUCUUUAGAAUAUCACGCUAUACGAAAUGUAUGAUAUUCUUCUUCUAGUAAAGCAAGGAUUACCUGGUCCCUCGUACAUUUCAUCAUCCACAGGGCGUGUCAGUCCGGAUAUUAUCCCAAAAAGAAGCUCGAUAGCAGCUUCUAGGCGCAUAAAAUGGCAACGGACAACUCGAUCUCGAGCAGUACUCCUGUAGCUGCUUGUUCCGCUACUAGCGCGAAAGCGCGGCGGAAUAAGAACAAGCGCAAUAAUAAGGGCAAAAGUAACGCUUCGAGUCGUGGUAUCGGCAAAAGUGAUGUUAAGGCUCCUACAGGCUACCGCCGUCGCAUCCUCUACAGCAUCCCUAUCCUCUUUUUCAAGUUUUAUAAAAGGCGGGCCAGGUAGGAUGCGAUUCGUGUAAAGUUGUAUGCUCUAAAAGUAGUGCUGCAGAACCGUUAUCAUCUAGUACAGCACAUGAUAGUAUCACGGCAAGAACCGCCUCAAACACUGAUACAGAGGAUGACAAGAAAAAGCUAGGAUCGCUGCUCCAAGAACAGCGAGAGAAGUACAACAUCAAAAAUGACGUCGACAACUCCCGAGCUACUACAGCGACGACAACUUCUCACUCGACGCAUGCCGGCAGUCGCAACGCUACUAUUAAGGCUCAAAACAAUUCAUUUCUACAGGUCAUUUCUACAAUUUAUUAUUUGGCUCUCAUCUGGUUUUGCUUACUCCAGCUCUUCUAGCGCGGCACUUUCUCUUGAGAUGUUCUUACUUCACUGCAAUUACAAAAUACUACUGGUUGUUCCUUUAUUCCUUCUUGGAUUUCUGAAGAAAUGCAGGCAAGAAAUGAAACGUGGUCUUCAGCUCUAAUACUAGGCCACAAUCCAACAACCCGAACUACAUGAUCAGCAACAACAACAACACCUUACAUGAUCAACAACAACUACAUGCUCAACAUAUUGCCGCAUCCUCAAAAUCCAGACUUUUGGAAAUCGAAGAGCAAAGCCUGGGAGGGAGUUCCGUGGAGGACGAAUUGAUGGCCACGACUACUAUGAACGGGGGUUAUCAUGAGAUUGACGGAGGUCGUGAUGCGGGUGGAGAGCAAGUCGUGAUUGGCGGAAGCAAGUCGAACACAUCUGAAAGCACAAUUAAGGCACAGGAUGAGGAUCAUAUGCAUUAUUCUAUUCUACUAGUAGUUUAUAGAACGGAUGUAGGAUGGACUUGGAUGGAUCGGAUGGAUCGGAUGGACCCCCCUGAUUCUUCCGCUCCUACUUGAAAUGGUGGGAAGUCCAUCCGUUCCAUCCGAUCCAUCCCAUCCCGGAUCUGGCACCCCUAUAAACUGCUCUAUUAUAUUCUACUAGUAGUUUCCAGCACGACAGUUGUCGUGGCUUGUUGUUGUCUGUCAUCUAAGUUUAAUAUUGUGUCGUGUGUUUUCCAGUCCUAGUACUGGGGAUUCUUCUAUUGGAACGGUUUCGACUUAGUUCCUUAGGGUCUGCUCUCGAGGUUGAUUUGGCAGCUCUAAAAGACUGCGCGACGUCUUUGAGGCUUUACCUCCGGAAAUGAGACGCCGCCCCUCAGUGCAGAAAAUGUUCCAGACUUUCCUCGCGACGGACAACUCUUCCUAUCCGAGCUCUCGAGAGCCGUCUCACUCAGGACGGAGGUACUGAAAAGUUGUUGUACACCCUUCUUGUUCAUCUAGAAGCUAGUAGUACUGGUUCUGGUACAACUAUGCUGGACAUCUUCAUCUUUUGUUUUGACAUCACCCUACACUUCCACUGACCAGAUCAUCCUGUGGGGACCGAUUUGCAACACCGGAGUCUGUAGAGAAGAUGCCUAAAAAGGACUUCACGGAGGACGAGGACGAGGUACUAAGUAUAUCAAAACUAAAAGUUUACUAGGUUACUUCAAGUAGAAGUGCAUACUGAUUCUGAUACAGCUUUGUUGAUGCAGCUUUGUUGAUUAUGUGGUCCUCUUUAAUACUGCAUACUGCUGUACUGGAACUAGAAGUAGCCUUUCUUGUAAAAAAUCUUACAAGUAGACCUUUAUGCUCUCUUCAACAUGAUCUCAUUCUCAUCUUUCAAGACUUUUAUACCCUCUAGUACUAGUAUUGGUGCUAGUUCUAGUAAUACAAAUACUAUUGCAUUUAUUUCACAGCACCCUGUAGCUCUACUACAAUGCGAGGAGUUGUACAGGUCCGAAUUUCAUCCUCUACUAGGACCGUCCGCGUGCGCUUCUGGGUGAAACUUUCGUGACCAGCAACCGAGACUCACGAGCAUCUUCAGUAUUGACGAUCUCAACUGCCAUCAAUUGUGAAUGUCACGAGUCGGAUUUGGGAUCGAGCUUUUUGGGUUCGAGUUUCGAGCUAAACCAUCCCGGGAACUUUAUGGUGAACAUUCUUCAGUUAGGUAAAUGAAUGAAUGAAGUUCUGCAGAUGAACCAGGUACGUACUAUAACCAAGUGUACAGGAAGUGUCUUUAUUAUGACAUCAAUGAAUAGGAGAUCAUGGAUGCUUGUGCUCGCAUUUUGCAUGCCUGCUACAGAGAUGCAACUAAAAUUUUCGAAGGUGGAUCGUAUCAGAGAUCGAAUGUUUUCAGGAGUACUGGCAUUCACUACAUACCAAACGCUUUUUGAGUGGAACGAAUAGAAAGAGUAGAGAUCAUGCUCGUAAUAUUUAUUUCUCAGCGCUUUUCAUUCACGGGGCUUACAAGUAGUACGAGUAUCAGCUAUUACAUACGACGUGCUUUUCUAUGUUUCCAGUGCUUUGCAUCCAUUAUACUUGAGAAGCUUGAAGCUUCUCACUCUCUAAUUCCUGUAGUAGAGGGUCAGGCUCUUUAUCUCGUACGUCUUCGGUACCUUCGAACCCUGUGCCUAAUCCAGCAACAACGAGCAGUAUUGUACCUGUGCCGUCGCCUUCAGUUAUGCUAUUCUUGUGGAUGCUAAUGCUGGUGUAAAAAUUUAUUCCAAGAAAUGAGGAAAAAAAAUCCUCAAAAAUGACCUCUGGUCAGGCACAUCAAUCAAUCAAUCAAGUACUCCUGGCAAGGAUAUCACCUUGUCCAGUAUCAGUUUAAAAUCUACAUCGUCUAUUCCUUUCAUGAAGAUUUGCAUUAUCUGCUGAUGUUCAGGUUGAUGUUCACGACGUUAUCUUCACUCGUUUUUAGCUGUAGUUGUAGCAGUACUAGGGGAUGUAGUUGAAGGUGGUAAUAAAAGUCUAGAAAUGAGGACUCGUCACUUGAAGAUAUAGAAGAAUCUUUUUCGGGAGCUAGUGGUUUUCAUUAUCUCGGGAAAGCCGCCUCCGCCUCCAGUGAGGACACAAGGGUCGGCAUCGCAGGACUCCUCAGGGAUGUGGUGGAAUGGUCGCAGCAGCAACCAUAAUACUGACCAAGAGGCAUACUACAAUUAUGCGAGACAUAUUAAAAUCAAAGGAAGUUGGUUUAUCUAGUGGACCCACACCUAACCUAACCUAAAGGAAGUUAGUAAGGAGUCUGAUCUUUUUUAGGUGCCACGGUAGGUUAGUAAGGAGUCUGAUCUUUUUUAGGUGUGACUUCCACGGUAGUCAUUCAAGACCACACCAGGAGCAAACAUGCUACAAGAAGAGGAGCAUGUAUGAUAAUAGCGAGGACUGCGACUUCUGUAAUUGAUUUUCACUACCGCCUCUUCCUCUAAGAGUAUGGAAAGUACCAAGCAAGCCGCGACCACGUUCAGGCUAAGGUGCGCCAUCUUCCCAGAAUCCAGCCUUCGGCACCGCCAGCGGCAAGAGUCUCACAAUCGAAUAGGUUUUACCCCAAUCGGAGCCGCAACAACGACUGGAGCUUGGUAUUACUCAUAGAAGAAGAUAAUGGACGGAUUUGGUACUUCGACUUCGGUACUGGUAGGUUAGCAUCUUAAUCAGGCGGCUUGUUGUUCGUCCACUAGGAACGAAACUUUUUAGUGCUGCUCUUCAGGUUACUUACCUCUAGGUGUACCUACUAGACUUCGCUCAUAAUUUCAAGCACCGUUCUCUCCGCUUCAACAAAGCUUUUUAGUGCUGCUCUUUUGAUACAGCUUGAUGUUCUUUUAAUACUUGAUGUUUUUCCUUCCACCACCUCUGGGUGAUGUUGUUGCCAAUCGGCGAUGAUGUAAAUGACCAUGCUCUACUUCCUGAUCAUAUUCACUGAAACAAAGCACCAAUCCAGGUUACAACCAGCAGUGGACAUGUGCCGGAUUUUGCAGCUAUUAGUAGCAACGUAGUAUCCAUAUCCAAGCUAAUGGAGUCGAUCAUGGCCGAGGAAAAGCAAAAGCAGGAAUGCACUUCGUCCUCAUGUGGGGUACCACUACCUCUACUUCUUCUAGCAUCACUAGAGUAGAAGUCGUCAUGUGGGGCACCACUACCUCUACUUCUUCUAGCAUGACUAGAAGUAGUUCUAGAUAUUGAUUUGUAAUUGUAAGCAUAAGCAGUCUACUUGUUGUUGAUAUUAUUGAAAUGAGGUUCCAUGACAUGAUGACAUUGAUAUUAGAUAUAAGUAAGAUGUUAAACUUAAAUCAUCAUGAAACAUGUACAUAUUAUUACUUAUAAAGAUGGAGAUAAUUGAACAUGUGACCCAUCGGUAUUACCUCAAGUGAAGCAUGCUACUACUAGAGUUACUACUUCUAAUGUACAACACAACAUCAUCAACGCAGCGUGACUCGGAAAGGGACGAAGACAAGCAGGAGGACCCGAAAAAGGACACCGUCGAAAGCGCAUCAAUGUCCUCAAUUGAGAAUAAAGCGCCGACCUCGGUAGCAAGCACAACAUCAAGGGCGUCCUGUAGUACACAUGAUGACUUCCUUUCCUCCUCCUCCUGCAGUACGACGGUAGAGGAAAUUUUCCCAGUUUCCUCGCGUAUCUCCAAUGUGAGCGAGGCAACUACCAGCCUGUGGGAGCAAGCAACAUUACCUGUAGUACCAACAUUAUGAAGUGGACCUGCUAGACCCUGACCUAGAUGAAGUCUUCGUAGGCUUAAUACUUACUACUUACAACUUCUCUAGGGCUCUUGAUGGGAUAUUACAGCUAGCUCUCACUCCAUACAUCUUCUGUAGGGGUAAUCUGACAGGGAUCUUCUGAAGAGAACCCAGCACGUGGCAAGGUGAAUGGUUCUGGUAUUUGUUAUAACCUGAUUUUGAUCACAAGGAUUCCCUUCUUGUUUUCCUUAUGAUCAAAAUCAGGUUACCAAAUACCAGAACCAUUCACAAGGGUCGGAUUGUCCUCUAAUCUUAUGUUUCUAGCUACGGAACCAGGCAGCUUUGAGUGAGUUGCUACGUGGUUCGAAUGAAUGAAUGAAUUUUGCUUGUGUCUUUGUUUUCCUAGUGAGGCUCUAACGCUGGCUGCACCAGCUCCUUGUGGAGGGAACCCUGGAAGUGGACCAGCGAUGGGACAUAGCAGAGGCUAUCAACAGAGGUCCGGAAGGGCGCCUCCUGCGUGGUAUAGUUGUAAUUCGUCCUCCAACCAUUCCAGGAACACGACCCGUCAACCGGAACAUAUGGUGGAGCAGCAUGCUCCUGAGCGAGCGGGACUCGAAGAUCAGGAACAGCAUCUUCAUCCGAAUAAGCAUAAUAUUAACGCACCAGUACGCGGCCAUGGAGUUCUUGCUAGAGGGAGGAACCACCCUGCUCAGUACGGUUAAGGCUAUAAGAACCGCUAAUCAUGUUGAUUCAACAUGUCAUGAAAGGAUCCUUGAUAAACAUACAAGUCAUCCGUGGACCAAGAACCUCUAAUACGGAGCUUGGGGAGGGCGUGAGAAUACUACAGAGCCAGAAAGUUACUAUCCCUAUCCGCAAGACCAAAUAUUCAAUCCCGCGUUGCAUUUUGAUAUGAUUGCGGCGCAACUAUCAGGAGCGGCCGCGAGUCAGAUGCAUGCUGAUGGUACCUACAACUUACAAAGACGACCACCUGUUCUGUAUAAUAAUCUGUUCCGAAUAAUGUAUCACGACCCUGAUCGACGUACAACUUGAACUUACAACGUGAACGUGUUCCACCGUUCAUCUGUACUUAUAUAACCUAUAGCAUCUUCUUGACUACUAUCGGUAUCGGUAUCAUUUGCCUACUCUCAUUACAACCACGACUCAACAUUACCAUCAACUCUCUGCUCACCAGGUGUAGUCCACGCAGGAGCCGCGCACUUACCCCCACCGCCAGGCUUAUCUCAGGUGUGCUGGCCGCCAGAAUGUUGGGGCUGGCCCGAGCCCUUUUACCAAGAAGCUUGGGCCUACGGAGAGCAGUCUCGAUCCUCGCCAGAAACUUGCGCUGCAGCUGUGGUCUUUAAGGUCGGCUUCUAAGUAACUUCUAAGCUGAAAGAUCGAGUUUCAUAUCGUCGUUUUCUCCUCUAGUAGUUGUACCACAUUAAUGGGUCUUAAAAAUGCUAAUUAUUCUUGCGCGUCGACUACCCAACAAGGGGUGAAGAACGACCUCGAUGACCAACAGGAGCCUGAGGUUGCGUACGAAGAACGCCUUGCGCAGAUCAUAGAAAAGAGGCAGGACACUCCGGAAACCUACUUCUAUGCGGUCCGUGCAGGCCUUUUUGACCAAACGCCAAAGCACUAG